AUGUUUGAUGUGUGCUCUGUUGGGCUUGUAUAUGAGGCAAAAAUCCCUGCCUGGAUAUGGCUGAACAGCGGAUCGAUUAUGGAUUAUAUUGCAUAUCGUAUUGGAGUGCCAAUUAUACCAAGCUAUGUACCGCGUUUUUUGCUUGAAAUAAUCUUCCUAGCCAUGAUGAUGGAGGCUGGUGCUGAGAUGAGCUUCUUGAAAAGGGUUAAGAGUGUGAUUGGACAUGGGCUCACAAAUCUCAUUUGGACAAAACUUGUCGCCGAUCCCGAGACACAGCUUUUUCGCACAUUCGUAUCACCCGAUUUCCCAGAUCUCAUUGACUUGGCAGCAAAAUGUCCACUGAUAAUGGCGAAUACAAACGACCUCUAUGAACUUCCACGACCAACACUCGCAAAAAUUGUGAAUAUUGGUGGUGUGGGCAUGGUCAGUGAGGAAAAGCCGUUAAAUGAAGUUCUCUCGAAGUCUAUUCUUGAUAUCAUUGACCGCAGUGAUGGCGUUGUUCUAUUCUCAUUUGGCUCCGUCGCUCCGAUGUGGAAAAUGCCAACGAGUUGGAAGAAAAUGUUUAUGGCGGCUUUUCAGCGUUUUCCAACGUAUCAGUUUUUAUUGAGAUAUGAAAAGGACGAUAUUAAUGAUAUCCUUCCUCCGAAUGUACACCUAUUCAAGUGGAUGCCUCAAUCCGAUCUUCUGCGGCAUCCAAAAACCAAAGCAUUCAUCACUCAUGGAGGCUACAACAGCUUUCAGGAAGCAGUUCAUACCGGUGUUCCGUGCAUAACAAUCCCUCUUUUCGGGGAUCAGUCAAAGAAUGCUUUGCUUGCCGAACACCACGGCUUUAGCCUCGUUCUGCGAAAAGGAGAGCUUUCCAAAGAAAUAAUUUACAGUGCACUAAAGGAAAUUAUUAGUAAUCCAAGGUACAAGGAAGCCGCCAGUAGAUUAUCAAGAAUGGUGAAACAACAACCAGUUAACCCUACAGAGCUGCUCGUGCGGUGGUCUGAAUUUGUUGCAGAGUUUCAAACGCUUGAGAAUCUGGCUCCAUUUGGGACCAAACUUAAUUUCAUUCAGUACCAUUCACUUGAUGUCAUCGCCUUUUUGCUCACUGUUGCAAUUCUUGUUUUAAUACUUGCUAUAAAAUUGCUCAAAUUUAUUCUAAAAUUGUUGUGGUCUAUUCUGUCUCAGUUAAAAAAGGAGAAGGCUGCGUAA